AUGGUGGACUACAAGGGACAGGCACGUGCUGAAAUUCUUCUGGUGGUGUGCUACGUGGUCAUCUGCACGCCUGCCUGGAUCCACGGCUACUUCAAGCAGGACUUCACUAGUGCGCUCCACGCCUGGAUGGUGGCAACAGUUGUCAGUGCUCUGUUGAUUCUGCCCAACUGGCCGAUUUACAAUCGUCAUCCGGUGAAGUGGCUGCCCAGUGCCAUGUACGUGAAGAAGAAAAGUAGCUGA